AUGCUGCAAACACCAGUAUCUAACACAGAAAACGAUGCAUCGAGUGAGAAAGGCCGACCUUGUAAAUCCGCGACCGGCGCACCAGAUACAAUACGACGGAAGCAGGUUCGAGAUGCACAGAGAGCUUAUCGAUCUCGACAACAAUCACUUGUUGAUUCGUUGAAGGCUCGUGUUUCUCAGUUGGAAGAUGUUAUGAGUCAUCUUGGACAGAUUGUCGAGUCUUUUAAUGACCAAAUCAUCAAGCCAGGGGAUUCACUGCCCCAGCCAAAGCUAUUUCAGAGCUGCCAACUUCUGCAAGAGGAAAUCACAUUACAGUUGAAACGGUCUGAUCGCGAUGCCGAAACAAAUCAGGGGGAUGCUGUUGUCACUGGCCAGGAAUUCCGCGAUAAAAUCGACAAAGUACUCCAGCAGCCUGAACAAGAAACUUCCAUCGCAACUCUCCCAGCUAUUUCGACCCCAAGGAUACUACUGGAAACCGAAUCAUCGUCCAACUUCUGGCAUCUAUUCCUCGGCUCAUCAAAUGCGAUCCUCCCAUCAACCAACCCUACAACAUACGACGCCUCCCUCGCCACCAUCCCACCAUCUCUAACCCCGAACGAUCAAAUAAUCGAGUACACAACAACCCCCUUCACCAAAAAGCUCUUCCACGCCUGCACAGGAACCGGAUACCGAUUCAUAAGCGACCCAUCCGCAAGCGACGCAACCGUAUGGCCGUAUUUCAAAUUAGUACUAGAGAACCAGCCACGACGAGAAUUUGCCGCGUACUUCAAACGAGUUUUCGACAGGAAAGCAUGUAACCCGCUCUUUGAUCCUCGGUUUCCGUUUGUCAGUAUCGGCGGUGCAGGCACGCAUUAUCCCGCUGUGUCUGGGUCCAAGUUCCACAAUUUGCUGCCCUUUCAGGGGACGAAUGGGGUCACGCAUGUUGAUAGUGAGGAGACGUGGUUUGAUGUCCAUGAUAUAGAGGGGUAUUUGGAGGAGCAGGGGAUACAGGUUGUGAGUCAUGGCAAGUAUUUACGAGCAAGGCCGAGCGUUAGCCAGACGGAGAACAUGCCUCCAUCCUCGGGCUUUGCCAUUUCCAAUCUGUUCCCUAAUUCUGUACCGAUGAUUUUUGAUGAGGAGGCUCUUAUAUACGCGUUGAGCUACACCCCCGUCGGUAUUGGUUGCGCACCUGGUUUCAGACGACGUGAUGUGGAACGAGUGGUAUGGCAGCAAGUCCGGUGGAUUCCAGUAUAA